AUGGUGAGGCUACGAUUCAAGGCCUACGACACUCCAAUUACUGCCCUCCUAACAUGCUCGGAGAGCAUGUCGGUGGCCCGAGGAGCCAAAACCGAGGGAUGCAGCAUCACAAAAGACGAGAUGAGUGGAGCGCGGAGGCCGCCAACUCCAACUGUUCGUUUAGCGAGUACCUUGAAAAGACGAAGUAUUGGUAAAUUGGCGACUCCGAUUCUGAAAAAAUCUAUCAUUGCGACUCCGACAAACGCCACUAGACCACUCCAAAAUACAUUAAUAACAGGCAGAGCAACGACAUUUGGAGCAGCGAAUUAUUCACGUGUCAGUACAAUAAGUGGAAGACCGAUAGCGAAUGGAAAAGAAAAUGUUGGUCCGCGAUCAUCGAGACAAUCUGCCGAAGUGGCUCGAAAUGGGCCGACAACUCGAAACGGAGUGACAUCUGGAAGAGGGACAAGAAGUGUGACUGGACGAGUAGGAAUACCACCAAAAGAAAAUCCUGAAUUGGUUCUUCUUCGGGAAAAACUCAAAAUGACCGAGGAAAUUCUAGCAAUGAAAUCUGAAGAUUUGACAAAUAAGACGGAACAGUUAGCUCAGUUAACGGAAGUCAACGAAUUCCUGAAGAAAAAAAUAGACGACGCAACCAUUCAAUUGGAAAAACUGACUAAUGAAGUUAAAGAAAAAACAGACGAAUUAUUUAAAAAGGAAAACGAUUUGAGAAAACUUCAUAAUGAUGUUGUUGAUCUUAAGGGUCAAAUUCGUGUAGUGGUCCGGGUCCGUCCGCUAAUUGGCACCGAAAAAGACAAAUCAUCGUCGACGUUGAUUUCGUAUCCUUCUAGGAACUCGAUUGGAAUCGAACAAGGCGGAAAAUCGGCACAUUUUGAUUUUGAGAAUGUAUUUACGCCUGUGUUCACUCAAGGUGAAGUUUUCGAGAAUUUUCGAGAACUUGUUUUGUCUUGCCUUCAUGGGUAUAAUGUCUCGUUGAUUGCAUAUGGUCAGACGGGUUCUGGAAAAACUCAUACGAUGCGCGGAGGAGCUGGUGAUUUAGAAGGAGUUAUUCCAAGAUCGGUUGCUUACAUUUUCGAGAACAAAAAAAGUUUGGAAAUUCAAGGCUGGCAGUUUGAGUUUUUUCUGUCAUUUCUCGAAAUUUACAACAACGAGGUUUUCGAUCUUCUCGAGAAACACAAUAAACUGAAAGUGCGACUUGCUGGAAACGAUGUGGUCGUCGAUGGUCUCACAUCACAUCAGAUUUUGAAGCCAAACGACGUUGCGCAAUGGCUUCAAGCAUCGGAUCGAAAUCGGAAAACGGCAUCGACAAAUUGUAAUGCGGAAUCGUCGAGAUCUCACGCAAUUUUCCAAUUGACAGUUCAUGCGAAGCAACCCGAAACUCAAACUGCAACCACUUCUGUUUUGAAAUUAGUGGAUUUGGCGGGUUCGGAACGUGCAAAUGAAUCCGGUGCGAUCGGAGAUCGUUUCAAAGAGUUGACAUUCAUCAACCAAUCGUUGUCGGCCCUUCAGAAGUGCAUCAGUUUGCAGAAGCAGAACGCAAAUCAUGUUCCUUAUCGUGACACGAAGCUCACGCAGCUGUUGAAAGAUUGCAUUGGAGCUGGAAGCUCGAAGACAAUGGUCAUUGUUAAUAUAAAUCCGACCGACGAGCAAAUACAAGAAUCGAAACGAAGUCUCGAAUUUGCCGCCAAAAUGCGCGAGACGAAGAUUGGCGCAGCCGUUCACCAACGAAAUAUAUGA